UCUGCUAAAAGACAAAGGAAAAUACACGGGUUAUCAGCAAACAGUAGUGGAGGAGAGAAAAUCAUUUAUAAUUCUCGAGAGAAGGAGAAGAUUUUGAAGACAUGGAUAAAAGCAUGAUAUCAUGUGAAGGAAAGUUAAUAUUUUACCUCUGCUCUUAACCUCUAUCUCUCCUUUUUAUUAUUUUUUCUUUUUGUCUCAACCCAAUCAUUCAAAGAUCAAGGCAACUACUACGGUACCACCGUCCCUACAAGCAAACGUUCUUCUCUCUUCUUUUCCAUCAAGGGUUUUUAAAAAAUGGUGGAAAAACCCUAAGAUUCUUAGCUGUUUCUCUUUUUUUAUUUUUCUGUAUAAAACCAGAGUUUUAUCCAAACUUUCAUUCCUAUCCCUUUCCUCUCUUUCUAGUGAAGAAGACAGUGAACAAAAUGGAGAUGGUUAAGUGUUUUAUGAUUGUUCUUCUUCUGCGUUUUUGCCACGUGUCUACGUCUGAACCUUUGGAGAAGAAGAACCAGAGGAAGACCUACAUAGUCCACAUGGCUAAAUCCGAGAUGCCAGCGAGUUUCCAGCACCAUACUCACUGGUAUGACUCGUCUUUGAAAUCAGUUUCCGGCUCAGGUCAAAUGCUCUAUACCUACGAGAACGUUAUCCACGGAUUCUCCACUCAGUUAACCAAUGAGGAAGCUCAACAGCUCGAGAGCCAACCAGGUAUCCUUGCAGUUUUACCUGAGUUAAGAUACGAGUUGCACACCACUCGUUCACCUCAGUUUCUUGGACUCAGUGAAGCUGCCGAUUUGUUCCCCGACUCUGACUCGGUGAGUGAAGUUAUUAUUGGUGUACUAGAUACUGGAGUUUGGCCUGAAAGCAAGAGCUUUGCUGAUACGGGGCUUGGACCAAUACCAAGCAACUGGAAAGGCGCGUGUGAAUCAGGCACCAAUUUUAGAUCAUCAAAUUGUAACCGAAAGCUGAUAGGUGCAAGGUACUUUGCUAAUGGGUAUGAGGCUACAUUGGGUCCAAUUGAUGUGUCCAAGGAAUCAAAAUCACCUCGAGAUGAUGAUGGACAUGGUACUCACACAGCAUCCACGGCUGCUGGGUCGGUGGUGGAUGGGGCCAGCUUGUUUGGGUAUGCCCCAGGGACGGCGCGUGGUAUGGCCACGCGCGCUAGAGUAGCUGUUUACAAGGUUUGUUGGACCGGUGGAUGUUUCAGUUCAGACAUCUUGGCUGCGAUGGAUAAGGCUAUUGAUGACAACGUUGAUGUACUUUCAAUGUCAAUCGGUGGUGGCAAGUCGGAUUAUUUCAGGGAUAGUGUUGCAAUUGGAGCAUUUGCUGCUAUGGAAAAGGGAAUUUUAGUUUCUUGUUCAGCAGGAAAUGGUGGUCCAGGUCCUUACAGUUUAUCAAACGUGGCUCCUUGGAUUACUACCGUUGGUGCAGGCACAUUGGAUCGUGAUUUCCCAGCUUAUGUUAGCCUUGGAAACGGGAGAAAUUACUCUGGUGUGUCUCUUUACAAGGGCAGCACCUUGCCUGGAAAGUUGUUACCAUUUGUUUAUGCUGGUAAUGCUAGUAAUGCUACGAGCGGGAAUUUGUGUAUGAUGGGUUCUUUGAUACCAGAAAAAGUUGCAGGCAAAAUAGUUCUUUGCGAUCGUGGAAUGAACGCCAGGGUUCAAAAAGGAGCUGUUGUUAAAGCCGCUGGCGGUAUAGGAAUGGUUUUGGCUAACAAUGCAGCAAAUGGUGAAGAGCUUGUAGCGGAUGCUCAUUUGCUUCCGGCCACUGCUGUGGGUCAAAAAUCUGGUGAUGCUAUAAAAAAUUACUUGUUUUCUAAUCCUAAACCAACUGUGACAAUUCUUUUUGAAGGAACCAAAGUUGGUAUUGAACCAUCACCUGUCGUUGCUGCUUUUAGCUCAAGAGGGCCUAAUUUAAUAACCCCGGAGAUAUUGAAGCCUGACAUGAUUGCUCCAGGUGUCAACAUUUUAGCAGGGUGGUCCGGGGCUGCAGGUCCGACAGGGUUGGCAAUGGAUUCCAGACGAGUGGAUUUUAACAUUAUUUCAGGUACUUCAAUGUCUUGCCCACAUGUUAGUGGCCUUGCGGGAUUGCUCAAGGCUGCUCACCCAGAUUGGAGUCCUGCAGCCAUCAGAUCAGCUCUCAUGACCACAGCUUAUACAGAGUACAAAAACAAGCAGAAAUUGCAAGAUAUUGCUACUGGGAAAGCAUCCACCCCGUUUGAUCAUGGAGCUGGACAUGUAGAUCCUGUAUCAGCGCUCAAUCCAGGACUUGUCUAUGAUUUAACAGUUGAAGAUUAUCUUGGUUUCCUUUGUGCCUUAAACUACAGUGAAUUUCAAAUUAGAUCCCUCGCUAGAAGAAACUUCUCAUGUGAUGCUAGCAAGAAAUAUAGAGUUACUGAUCUCAACUACCCAUCGUUUGCUGUCAAUUUUGAUACUAUAAUGGGUGGCUCAAAUGUGGUUAAGUAUACUAGAACUCUUACAAAUGUGGGCUCACCAGGAACUUACAAGGUGUCGAUAUCACCAGAAACCCCGACAGUUAAGAUAUCAAUUGAGCCACAGACGUUGAGUUUCAGCCAAGCAAAUGAGAAAAAAUCAUAUACAGUCACGUUCACUGGAAGUUCACAGCCUUCUAAUACAUUCAGCUUUGCUCGUUUGGAAUGGUCUGAUGGGAAGUACACCGUGGGCAGUCCCAUUGCAAUUAGCUGGACUUGAUAGGAGAAGAAAGUGAAUGGUACAAACUUAAUUUGCUCCUUGAACUCACUCAAAAGAAGAGGGGGAUUGCAAUUGUUUAGUGUUUUAGACUUAAUAGUUUCAUGUUGCUUGAUGCGCUUAUAAUUGCUAUCCAGUUAAAUAAUGGAAGCUGGGUCUAAGUGCUUGAUGUUGUAAUCUAAGAGAAAGCAUGAAAUCCAGGAAAAUUGGGUUGUUUUCUCUCAUUGUACAUUGUAUGGAUAUGUGGAUUGUUUCAAGUUUAAAGCAAUCAAGAAUUUCAUGGGGCUUCUUGGUUUCAAUUCACUUUAUACGUGGUCUAGAUCAGACUCAAUCACUCAUGUGACUGAAUAUGGUUGUGAACUGAGAUUUUAUUACAAAAGUGAAUGGAAAUGUCACCAGGAAAGCAAAGCACAGUUAUGGGGUGCGAGGACUUUUGAUAACAUAAACAGCUGUAAGUUGUCCCAAUGUUCCAAUGCCAAUUUAAUACAUAGCUUGUGCUUUUAAAGAAUAGGUAGAACAGAACAGAA